UCUCCUCCCUAAGGCUCCCGUCGCCUCCCCGUUCCCUUGCACCGACCCCGCUGUCCCGCGGGGUCCCUCCUGCUGCCGCCGGGCCCGGGCGUGUGUCACACCCCGCGGGGCUGGGGGUUGGCCUGGCAGGGGAUUUAAGGGUUUUUAAGCGUUUCCCGGGAGCCGAGGCCGUUCCCAUCUCCGUCCCCGGGGCUCAGACGUGUCCGUGUCCCCCCGCCCGCCCCCGGGCCGCGGGUUUGGGGCCGGUUUUAAGCAAACCCCGUCAGCAAGCCCUGCCUUUGGAGCUGCCGGAACGCGCCGGCAGUGCGGCUGUUUCCCGGGCGCCGGGCAAGGCUGGGAAUCCCUCCGGGUCAUUCCCGGGAUCGGCAGGAGCGGCUGUCCUGCCCAGCCUCCUGCUCCCGGCCUGGCUUUUCCCGGGGGGAAGCGGCGGGCGGGUCCGGAGCAUCCCUUUGCCCGCGGCUGCCCUGGGGUUGGAGCGCUCGGGGCGUUUUUCGGACGUGGAACUCCCUGGAAACACUCGUCCCGUUAAACCUUUGGCUCGGAGCUUCAGUCUUCUUGUUUCAUAGAUAGAUCCUUAAAUGAGACUUAUUGCCCUGAGCAGCAGCAAAAGGUGAAAUUCGGAGGUGUUUGGAUGUCCCCGCCGUGUGUUCGGAGCCAGGACCCGGCUCCCAUCGCGGCUGUCCGGCGUUCCCGCAUCACUGCGGCUCCCACCGUGCCACGACGGAACCUGGGGGGCGAGCAGCUGCCCCCGCCCUUGGGCAGUGCCAGGGGAUGUUCCAGAGCAGUUCCCGGUGCUCCGACCGCGGGGAGGGCUCAGAGAUGGAUUCACCAGAACGAGCCACAAUUAGAAGUGAGCAGAAAUCCAGGAAGUUCCUGAAGAGCCUGGUGCGGAAGCAGCCGCGGGAGCUGCUGGUGGUGCUCGGGACGGGCGUGAGCGCCGCGGUGGCCCCGGGGAUCCCGGCCCUGUGCUCCUGGAGGAGCUGCAUCGAGGCCGUGCUGGGAGCAGCCGAGCAGCUGGAGGUGCUGCACCCCGGGGACGUGGCGGAAUUCCGCAAGAAGGUCACCAAGGAGAGGGACCUGCUCGUGGUUGCCCACGACCUCAUCAGGAAGAUGUCACCGCGUACCGGGGACACGAAGCCCAACUUCUUCCAGGAUUGCUUGAUGGAGGUGUUUGAUAACUUGGAGCAGCACAUCCAGAACCCUGUGGUCCUGCAGUCCAUCCUGAGGCUCAUGGAGAGAGGCACAAUGGUUCUGACCACAAACUAUGAUAAUUUGCUCGAGAUAUUUGGCCAGCAACAGGGCAAACCUAUGGAAUCUUUAGACCUUAAAGACAGGGAUAAGGUUCUUCAGUGGGCCAGAGGCCACGUAAAAUAUGGAGUUCUUCACAUUCAUGGCUUAUACACAGAUCCCUGUGGAAUGGUGCUCGACCCCUCGGGGUAUAAGGAUGUUACUCAGGAUCCUGAAGUCAUGGAAGUUCUUCAGAACUUGUACCGGACCAAGUCCUUCCUGUUUUUGGGCUGUGGGGAGACUCUGCGUGACCAGAUAUUCCAAGCCCUUUUUCUUUACACAGUGAAGAACAAAGUGGAUUUAGAGCAUUACAUGUUGGUGCUUAAAGAAAACGAAGACCACUUUUUUAAGCUGCAGGCAGACAUGCUGCUGCACGGGAUAAAGGUGGUGUCCUACGGGGACUGCUUCCAGCAAUUCCCAGAGUACGUCCAGGACCUCACUGCUCAGAUCUGCAAGCAGAGGAGCCCAGAUGCUGAUCGGGUGGACAGCACAACCCUGCUGGGAACUUCAUGUGUGGACUGUGCUAAAAGGAAGCUGGGAGAAAGUGGCACUGACUCUCCUAAGAGGAUCAAGCAGUCAGAUACACCCACUAGUGAAUGAAAAAAACCCAAACACCAAAGCCCACCCCAGAAGCUUUUUAACACUGUAAAUGUGAUGUGUGUGAAGCUGGAGCCACCAGUCACUCCCCUGGCACGGCCAGACCUUCAGGCUGUACCUGCAGGGUCAGACAAGUGGGUGCAACUUCUCUCAAGCCCUUUGGACCAGACUCUGCUCAGGUGAAGCCACGAGAGGUAACUUUGGAAUCUCAAAAAUGCCUUUUGGCACAGAAGCCUGUGAAACCAAGGGGUUUCAGUUCCUUUCCCAUCAGCUGGACUGUGGGUGUGCUGUGGAGGCUGCACUCCAGGGUCUGUCAGCACAGGGCUGCUUCCAGGCUUCAGAUCCCUAAACCCUGAGGAACAGGAAGUGGUGUUCCACAGUUAUGG